AUGCGCCGUGUAAACCCUGCCCGCUAUGGAAAGAGCGGGGCGUCUCGCAGCCGCCAGUCAAGGCAGCGAAGAGACCCAGAUGAGGAAGUCCCACAAGUAUACCAGGAGAUGCUGGCAGAGGCCGAGGCUCGCGAAUCUCAGGCAACAAAUGAUCCACCAACAAAAAAACGCAAAGUUAAUCAGCCAUCUGGUACACCACUCGUUUCUCGCCUUGCGAAUGAAGCAGCGUCUCCUCAAAAGAGUAGUAAACACUCGAGCCAGAGUGUGCAGACUGUGUAUGAUACUACUACAUCCGAUGAAUCGGAUAUGGAGUGGGAGGAGGUUGAUCUCCAGCAAGCACAUCCUGGCCCAGCCGGGUUCCAUGACCCAGAAGCAGAUGAUGCACCCAUGGAGAUUACUCUUAAUGAGCAUAAUGAUAAAAAAAGAAAGGUGAUUCCAAGGCGGAAACCUAUCACAGGCGCAGAAAGAAAGCUCAGGCUGGAUGUCCAUAAGGUCCAUUUACUUUGUCUUCUACGUCAUGUUCAAAUACGCAACAAUUGGUGCAAUGACGAGGAAGUGCAGAAAUUUCUCAAGCAAAUGUUACCAAAACAAACUCUCUCACUGUUGAACCCACCAGAAGACAAACCCCAGUACACAAAAUCAACCACCUUCAUGGAUGGACUGAACAAAGCCAGUGAUGCUUUCAUGAAGAGAUUCAGAGUGACACAGCCGGGUUUAAAACGAGCCCACUGGGUUGAUGAUCCAUCCUCUUUGAGACAACGAGCGGGGCAAAUAAUGUUGGAUCCGGAGGUCAUUCUAUCGAGAGAGGAUUUCCAAAAGCAGGCCAGGACACUCAAAGGCUCUCGUGACUUUGGUGCUCAGUUGUUCUGUGCCUUGCUGCGUUCCGUCGCUGUCGAGGCAAGAUUGGUGUGCUCAUUGCAGCCGUUGCCAUUUUCUGGUAUCACGAAAAACGUGUCUCCAGUAAAGCUAAAUUUGCAAUAUAUUUCUCUUUCGUCGGAUAUGUACGACACUUCCACAGAUGAACAGUCAGGAUCUCCAGCCUCACCGACUCCACCUUCAAAAUCUCGACGGCUUGCUCGCCCACAAUUCAGAGCAUCUCGUCCCUUUAAAACCACUGUGGCUGAAGCUCUUAAUGAAGCGGUUCAGAAGUGGAUCCCUGUUGAUCCUUUGGUGACGAAGUCCCUUGCCAAAACUUUCAAGUUUGAACCUCCUUCUAGCGACCCAUAUAAUGUCAUGAGCUAUGUAGUUGCGUUUGAAGACGAUGCAUCGAUGCGAGAUGUUACACGACGCUAUGCAAAAGCUUUUAAUGCGAAAACUAGGAAACUUCGAGUCGAAUCCACCAAGGGUGGAGAGGCAUGGUGGAAAAGAGUAUUGCUGUUCUAUGAAAAACCGUUCCUCGAGGACCGUGAUGAGAUGGAAAUCAGCGAACUAACAGCCAAAACCGCCGCUGAACCUAUGCCUCGGAAUGUGGCAGACUUUAAAGAUCAUCCAAUCUAUGCAUUGGAGCGACAUCUACGUAGAAACGAAGUCAUAUUUCCGAAACGUGUCAUUGGGCAGGUUGGGCUGGGUAAAUCCGGAUCCACGCAUGAGAAAUUGGAGCCUGUUUAUCGACGUUCUGAUGUACAUGUUCUUCGCAGUGCAGACAAAUGGUAUCGACUUGGGCGAGAGAUUAAAAUAGGUGAACAACCUCUGAAGCGCGUUCCCGCCAGAGGUAAUAAUAUCCUUGAUGAUGAGGACUCUGAAACCGUUACAGAGACCUCCCUAUACUCCUUUUCUCAGACAGAGUUGUAUAGACCGCCACCCGUUAUUCAAGGAAAGAUACCGAAGAAUGUCUAUGGAAACUUGGAUAUCUACGUGUCGACAAUGGUACCACCUGGUGGAGUCCAUGUCAAACACUCUGACGCUGCACAUGCUGCUAGGAUUCUUGGUAUUGACUAUGCAGACGCCGUAACAGGCUUUGAUUUUAAGGGGCGACACGGAACCGCGGUGUUUCAAGGGGCUGUUGUCGCUAGCGAAUAUCAUGAAGCACUCAACGAAGUCUUACAGGGCCUCGAAUAUGAGAAGGCAAACGCUAAACAGGAGGAACGGUCUGCUGAAGCCCUCCGGUUCUGGCGAUACUUUCUGCUUAAACUACGCAUUGCGGAAAGAGUCAAGGGGUAUGCAAUUGAAGGCGAGGAGGCAGAAGAUGAAGAAGAUGGUGGCAUGAGCGAUGAUAGUUAUGCAAACUCUGAAGACUAUGGAGGUGGAUUCAUACCUGAGCUAGAUCAGCUGAUUACGACGCCACAGGCUGGGUUGGAUAGUACGAAGCUCGUCUCACAAGAGCCAUCAACUGAGAAUAACACUUUGCCUGAUUCAAGGAUAGAAGAUGCUUGUCGAGGAGGUUUCCUGCUUGAUAAGGACACUAACCAAAGGAUUACAUUGAGGUCAGAUGGAAAUUCUGGUCCUACAAGUAGGAAUCAUUUGACAGAGCGCCCCCGUUAUAGCCUUGUUGUUAUUCCUAACGACAAAAUCGAUGGAUUAGAAGAGAAUGUCUCCAGAAAGGAUACUAGCGUAUCACCCAAGGCCUCAAAUUUUGACUUACAACAGCAGAACAUGAAGUCUGCGGAUGAUGAAGCGAACAACAUGCAGGGAUCUUUAGAAGCCCCGAUUAUGGUCGAAUCAUCAACUGGGGCAGACUCGAAAUCUACCAGUGUUGAAGUUCUCUCACGAGCUCCUUCUCAAACACAGUCUCGAGUCCCAUCCCCAGAGGCCUCUGAAGAUGAGUCAGGAAGUAACGAGGGGUCGUUGUUAUCUCAUGACCCUGAGGAUGAUGAUGCGAUUCCAGAGUGGCUCAUGUCUGAUUGA